AUGGCUGUCUUGCUGGUCCUGUUAUUGAUAUUUAUUACGCUGUAUGUUUCGGGGCAAAGGGUAUGCGGGGCACAGAAAGAAAAACUGGACUCAAUAAACGAAGCCACUGAAGCUUUGUCCAAACGCCUUGACUGGCAAGACAAACAAAUCGGAGAGGAUCUCGUAAAUUUGAAUGUCACGAACGCAUCUCAAAGGACAACGGUCUUGGAAAUGCAAGAAAAGAUGGACUCAAUGUACAAAGCUUUUGAAGCAUUGUCCAAACGUCUUGACUCACUGGACGUAAAUAUGGGAAGAAAACUGGAUUUAGUAAAUGCAUAUGUUAAGAACGCAUCUCAGAGGACAACUGCUUUGGAAAUACAAGGAAGACUGGCUCUCAUUAACAAGACAAUCGAGGCGUGGUACACAAGUCCUCACUCGUUUAACAAAAGUGUCGUAAGGAAACUGGAUGUCGUGAUUAAGUCAAUCGAAGAGCUCUCUUUGCAAUUUAAGAACACGUCUGAAACGAUAAAGGCAUUGGCUAUGCCAGGAUACGCUCUACAAUUUCCGCAGAGAGGAACCAGUGAUUACGUCAUCGUCACACGUGGCAUGCCAAACCUGUCAGCUGUAACGGUUUGUCUGUGGAUGAAAACCGCUGAUACUAGAAAUGAAGGAGCACUCCUGAGCUAUGCUGUAUCUGGAGAAAACAACGAGCUUCUCCUGACUGACUAUAGACUAUUUAGGAUCUACAUCAACGACCAUGGAAGUGGUUAUACUUCUGUAUCCGCCAAUGAUGGAAAGUGGCAUCAUAUCUGCUUAACAUGGGAGAAAACCACUGGAUCAUGGAAAUUAUUUCGAGAUGGUUCGGUUGCCGCUCGUGGUAAAAGUCUCCAAACAGGUCACAUGAUUCGUGCAAAUGGAUCCCUGGUACUAGGGCAGGAGCAAGACUCAAAGGGGGGAAAGUUUGAAGCCCAUCAAUCUUUCAUCGGUGAAAUGACAGGUGUCAACAUUUGGGAUCACGUCAUAAAAGACCAAGAAAUCGCACGCAUGUCAAAGUCGUGCCUGACAGGGGUGGGCAACGUGUUUCAGUGGCGCGAGUUCAAAGCUCACAUCAAGGGCUCAGUGAAGAUAAUUGAGCCAUCGUGCUGA